AUGGCGGUGCAGGUGUCGGUUCUGCCUUCCCCCCGCUGUCUGUUCGAUGAGCCCGUGCAGAUCCGCGUCGCGGGGCUCCGGCCGCGGCAGGCGGGCACCCUCCGAGCCAGCCUGGUGGAUGAGAGCGGGGAGCUUUUCCAAGCCCACGCUCACUACAGAGCUGGGAGCAACGGAGAGCUGGACCUCAGCUGCUCCCCGGCGCUGGGAGGCAGCUAUGUGGGAGUGGAGCCGAUGGGGCUGCUCUGGGCUCUGCAGUCCAAAACGCCCUAUAAGCGCCUGGCAAAGAGGAACGUCCUGACCCCUUUCUGUGUGGACUUGGAAGUGUAUGAGGGCCACGGGGACAUGAGCCACUUGCUGGGAAAAUGCACCAAUGAACGGUGGUUUUUAGGAGAGGGGGUGAAGAGAAUUUCAGUCAGAGAAGGUCGCCUGAAAGCAACCCUCUUCCUCCCUCCUGGACCUGGUCCAUUCCCUGCACUUAUCGAUUUGUAUGGAUCUGGAGGAGGUCUUGUUGAAUACAGAGCAAGUCUCUUGGCCAGCAGAGGCUUUAUUACUCUGGCAGUUGCUUACAUGGCCUUUGAAGAUAUCCCUCCUAUGCCAGAGACACUUGAACUGAGCUAUUUUAAGGAAGCUGUGAACUUUUUGCAGAAGCAGCAACAGGUGAAAGACACUGGGAUUGGUAUUUUGGGCUUGUCUAAAGGAGCUGAGCUAGCCCUUUCCAUAGCCACAUUUCUACCUGAAAUCAAGGCAGCUGUCAGCAUAUCUGGAAGUUGUUUUAAUUCCUUCGUUCCCCUGAAGGGAGAUGGCUUCACAAUUCCUCCUCACCCAUAUGAUUUGGGGAGGAUGAAGAUCAGUGAUGAGUCUGGCCUAGUCGAUUUUUCAGAUGUCUUAGACGAUCACAGGGACCCAGCUACUUGGGAUUGUCGCAUUCCUGUGGAGAAGUCCUUAGCCAAGUUCCUGUUCCUAUCUGGACUGGAUGACGCAAACUGGAAAAGUGACCUCUAUUGCCGGGAUGCUGUUCAGCGCCUUCAGCAGCAUGGACGAGAAGUGGAGUUUUACUCCUAUUCUGGAGCAGGGCACCUCUUGGAGCCUCCAUACCUGCCCCUGUGCCAGGUUUCGAUCCACAGAAUGCUUGGGAUGUUUGUGCUAUGGGGAGGGCAGUGGAGGGAGCACGCUAAAGCCCAAGAAGAUGCAUGGCGCAGGAUACAGGCCUUUUUCUGGCGACAUUUGAUGAACUCUGACGUUCCUAAGAGCAAGUUGUAG